GGGUCACUCGUGUCGCGUUCAUGCAGGGACACUUUGAGGAGGACAGCACACGGGACAGCUGUGAGCACACUGGGUGACACAGCUCCGCCUAAUUUAGCCUAAGCCCCGCCUCUCCUGCCUGAGGCUCCGCCCCCAAUUCACCCCGUCACGCCCUGUUGGGGCGUUGCCAUGGCAACGGUCCCGGCACAUGGCGACAGCGGCUUUGGCCGCACUGUCGCAGUCAGAGCAGACACGGUCUGUCCCACCACGUUGUGACAGUCGGCUCCAGGCCAGCAGGACAGCACCGACAGCCCCCGCGAUGGCAGCCGGCACUGCCGGCACGGGAUCGCGGUCCCUGCGUGCCCGGGGCGCCUCCCGGAGGUCCCUCCUCGCCCGUCGUCUCCAGCUUUCACCGCCAGGAUUGCAGCCUGUCCGUCCCGAAUUCUCCCGCGGGCUCCCCAGACCCCCACGCCCCGCAGGAUGUCCAGCUCCUCCCGCUGCCCCUCUGUCCCCUCUGGACGUGCCCCCCACACCCCAUGGCUGGUCCUGGCAGAGGCCCAGAGCUCCUGCUGGGAUCCCUCGAUGGGGAGCACCAGGAGGAGAGGGGUUCAGGACCUCAAACUUUUCUUUUCAGCAGGUCACGGGCUCCAGAGACCCUGUGGUGAUCUCUGAGGAUGUGCCAAAACCUCCUCGAGAGCUGCUCCCCUUCAAGCCCAAGCUCAAGACCAUCCAAGUCAUCACCAAGGACCUGAUCCGGGAGCUCAUCAUUCCCCAGGAGAAGCCCCAGCCGUGUCUCAUCAUUGGGGAAAAGGAAUACCAGAGGAUCAAGGAAUCAGCUCGAGCCCUGACUGACCUGGAGCGUUGGGACAGGCUGAAGACCCUGAGAGCCAGACAGGACGCUGCUUUUGAGGCUCUGAAAAAGGCCCAGAUUGAGGAGCAGAGAAAGGCAGAGCUGGAGGACAAAAGGGACUAUCAGAUAGAUGUGGAGGAGGAGCUGCAGCAGGAGGAGCAAAAGCUGCUGCAGCGGGCGAUGAGGAUGAGGCUGGAGCAGGAGGAAGACGUGCGGGAACUGAACGCGGUAGGGCCGGUGCUCGCCUCUGUCACUGGCACUGCUGAGUCUCCCCUGCUCCUCAUGCUCCCAGGCUCUUCCUCUCCCUGCUCCCUGUGUCCCAGUGUGAGCCACAGACACCUCUUGUCCCCUCAGCUGUUCCUCAAUGCCAAGUGCAACAUGAUCCGGGACAAGCAAGUCCUGGAGAAACGGAUGAUCAACAAGGAACUGGAGGAGGAGGAGAAGCGCCUGGACAAGAUGAUGGAAAUGGAGCGGGAGAAAGGCAUGGAGGUCCAGGAGGAGCUGGAGCGCCAGAGGAAGCAGGAGCUGAUGAGAGCCCGGCAGGACAUUGUGAAACAGAUGGAGCAGAAUGCAGAGGAGCGGGCACUGAGGGCUGAGGAGCUGUACCAGGAGGGCCAGAGGCAGCUGGAGCGACUGGAGCAGAUGAAGAGGGAGGAUCAGAAGGCCUGGGAGCAGAAACAGGAGCGACUAAAGCAAAUCCAUGCCGAUAUUAAACGUUUCAAUAUGGAGAGCCAGAGGCUGAAGGAUCAACAGAGGGAGCAGGAGAGGCUGGAGGAUGAGCGGGUGCUGGAGCAGCAACGGCAGAAGGCUGAGCGUGAGGCCACCUUGGAGGCAGAGCAGCAACAACUGCGCCUGGAGAAGGAGAAGGAGCUGGCCCGGCUCAGAGCCACACAGGAGCGGGCCCAGGACUGGCAGGCAGAGCGGGAUGCUCUGAGGGCCAAGAGGAACCAAGAGGUCGCAGACCGGGAAUGGCGGCGGCGGGAGCUGGAGAAGGCACGGAAGAAGGCUGAGCUGCAGCAGCAGCUGAAGCAGGACCGGCUGGAGCAGGUGGCCCAGAAGGAGCAGUACCUGGCCAUGCAGGUGCAGCAAGACCGCCAGGAAUUCCAGAGGGUGCUCAGGGCCCAUCAGGAGCAGCUGCAGCGGGAGAAGCUGGAGCAGGAGCAGAGGGAGCUCCGGCAGCGUGCCCAUGCCGCAGAUCUCCGGCGGCAGAUCCAGGAGCUGCAGCAGCAGCGGCAGCGGGAGCGGGCGGCCUUCAUUGAGGAGGGCCGGCAGCAGCAGCAGGAGGUCCAGCAGCGCAGCCAGCGCCUCGCCCAGUUCAGGCAGCAAAAGCUGCAGGAGUUUAGGUCAGGGGCUGCCAGUGCUGCUUCCAUGGGCUCCCAGAGUCAUUCCUGGUGUCCCAGCCUGGGCCAGCUCCCAGCUCCCUCUGCAUCUUCACAAACAGAACCUGCUGUGGGACCACGGUCCUGAAUCCCCGGUGGAUUCUUUUCUCUGCAGA